GAAAUUUUUGCGCGAGUUCUUGCUCAUGCUCAGUGGGGCAACUGUUUAGAAUUUGGAACCGUCCUAGAAUCGUUCCCGUUCCGGAAUACGCCUUUGAUUUGACAGUUUUCACGAUUAACUGUGAAAAAAUUGGCCUUUUAAAUACACGAAUAUUGCAUUUAUUCGGAAGGGCAGAAAAUGAUUUCGAAAUAGUCAGAAAAAAGACUCCAUUUUAGUUAUGUCUCCUGCACAUGGUAAACAGGAAAUAUCUGAUCCUGUAGAAGAAAUGUUGAAAAAAACUGGUUGUAUAAAACUCCACUACAAAGUACAGGAGUGCAUUGCCGAUACCAAAGAUUGGAGAAAAUGUCAGGAUCAAGUAUCCCAGUUCAAAAAAUGUAUGGCUAGAUAUAAAGACAACAAAAGUUGAUUAUAUAAUUGUUAUUUACCUGUAAAAGUGUUAAAAGUUUGUUCAGUGAUACAAUUAUGAAUGUUUUACUAGGAAAA